AAAUAAGAAAAAAAAAAUGACUCAGCUAAAUUGGCCUAAGGCUAAGAGAGCCACGUGAAGAAGGGCACCUAAUUGCCAGAGCUCGGUUCUUCAAUCUUCAGUCUUCUCCUUUCAUACGAAUUUGGGGCCAAUGAACCAGACCCCCACGCCUGAAUGCACCAAAUGCGGUAAUUCAUAUCUUCACAGCUCUGCUUUUCCCAUCUUGGCACUUCAAAUCUGGAUAUUUGAUCUGGAUAAGGCUAUGUUUUAUUUCGCGACUUAAAUUCUUUGUUCUCGAGAUGCAUUUAGCUGCUCUGAACUGGUAUUCCAAAAAAGUUAAUGAAUUUAUGUUUUUGUAGAUCAAUUGCUUAAUUAGCACCCUUCUAAGGCCCACACGAUUGGCAAGAAAUAUAAAAUCUACUUUAGAAAAAAUGGUUCUUUGGGUGCUUAUGCUUGGAGAUGUAUCUGUAUUCUGUUGCCGUAAGACUUUUACUGCAAGAAAGUUUCUUUUAAUUUUUGGGAUAUUUUGAGACGGAAACAGUAAAAAAACCUAAGUGGACUGAAGGCUUAUUAAGUGCUUACGGGAAGUCUAUCAAUUUGAGCUUUAGAAGAGCUGCUUUGGUUGAAGAUUUGGGAAGUUUUGCUCAAAGGGGAUUUUUAGCUGAAUUCAAUGCUUAAUGCUUAUUCAAAGAAAGAAAGACAGAAAGUUUAUUAAUUAACUAGGUUUGAAGUGAUUUCUCGUUUUGAUGGCUUCAAUUAGAAGGACAUUGUCCCCGGUGCCUAGGGCGGGGAGUCCUAUGAACGGGGAAGCAUGCCCACUUUCAUCCUCUCCGUUGUCCAAGUCAUCCUUGAGUAAUCAGAACCAUUUACCCCCAACUUUUAUGUUUCCAUCAUCCAUUGCUUCAUUGGAUUAUGCAUUGUUCAGAGCACAAAAUUUUAUACAUGGUUUUAUCUCCCAUAGAAAACCCUUAGAGAGGUCAAAGUUAAGGGGGAAAAUUUGGAAGAGAUCCCUUCUCCAUUACUUCUCAUGCUUUGUUCUCGGGGUCUUUCUAGGCUUCACUCCUUUUCUUUCCCCGAUUUUGUCCCUCCAAAAGGACGAAAAGGUCAACAAUCUAUCAUUGAGAGCUGAGAAUGUGGUGAUCGUGGACAAUUCGACGGCAUCGGAUUCACAUCCCAAGAAUAGUGUGGCGGUAUAUGGGAAUGAUGCAAAUGUUCAUUUCAACCAAACAAUGGAUUUCCACAAACUCUUAAUAGUUGUGACUCCAACGGAGCCUCGUCCCUUUCAAGCAUACUACUUGAAUCAUAUAGCACAUACGUUAAAACGGGUCCCACCUCCUCUGCUAUGGAUACUUGUGGAGAUGAACUCCCAAUCUCUGGAAACAGCUGAUUUGUUGAGGACAACGGGAAUCAUGUACAGGCAUUUGGUUUGCAAUAACAAUAAGAAUGUGACAGAAAUAAAAAGAGACAAACUUGUACACAUGAGGAAUGCUGCUCUGUCUCACAUUGAAGCGCACCGCCUUGAUGGGAUUGUUUACUUUGCUGAUGAUGAUAAGACCUAUUCUCUUCAACUCUUUCAGGAAAUACGAGAUAUCAGGCGGGUUGGAGUAUGGCCGGUGCCAAGAAUGGCUGAGAAUAAAAGGCAUGUUAUCUGGGAAGGUCCUAUCUGCCAAGGUAAAAAGGUAUUGGGGUGGCACACUGAUGAUAGGAGGAAACGUAUCCGGAGAUUCCAAGCACAAGUGUCGGGAUUUGCUUUCAAUAGCACAAUUCUCUGGGAUCCUAAGCUGUGGCACAGACCUACGCUUCAACCCAUCAGGCUCAUUCAUAGUGUUAAAGAUGGCUUUCAGGCGACUACAUUCAUUGAACAAUUAGUGGAAGAUGAAAGCCAAAUGGAAGGUGUUCCGCUGAACUGCUCAAGGGUCAUGCUAUGGCAAUUUGACAUAGAAAUGUCAUAUGCUAAUUAACGAGAAAUCAUUCAACCACUACCUGUGCUCCCUCUGCCUCUACUAAGUUUGUAUCCACACGUUCGCAGCAGCAUCAGCAGCAGCACGUCCAAUACAUGAUGAUAUUCAAGCCAAGUCAUUUCAUUUGCCUAAACUUUAUUACAAGCCCUUUUUGUUUUUGCUUUCCUAGGUCAGAAAUUUGAUGUUUUGUAAUCUUUCUGGUUCUAGGGUAGAUUUUUUUAUGUUUUAUGAUCUGUUUAGGGUGUGCCAUUCACUAUGUUCUGCGGAAUUCAUUCGUAUUAUUUAAUUUAGUAGGUAUCCAAAAAUAUUCCUGAAAUGUAAUUAGUGGAUAAAAAUGUGAGAAAAGAUACUGUUAAUAUAUUGUCAUGGUCAUUGGAAUGUAGGAUGAAAUAUCACGCUAAGAUUAUACACUAAAAUCGACAUCAUAAUUAUAUGUGAUAGUCAUAUAUCAUACUUACUCCCUAUAAUAUAGAAUGACGAUAGUACUUGGAUUCAUGAUAGUAUUAUAGACGAGUGAAUAGAUUUAAGAGUACAAGUUUGGUAUAUUAUAAAUCCAACUAUAAAUUUUGCUAAGUUCUAGCUGAAAUGGUUGGAUUGGUUGAUUUUGUUGAUUUAUGAAAUAAUUAUAUUAGGCAUGGACUCGGGCCAGGUGGCCCGACCCGGAACCGGACCGGCCCAGCACUGUUUGGGCCCGGCCCGAACCGGUGGC